AAAAAGGAAAAGGGGAGGAAAAAUAACCCCUAUCAGUGGUUUGCAGCGCGAUUUAAAUGGCUGUUGCUUGCAAGUCUGCAGCCGCCCCUGCUGGCCAGCUUCGCCCCCCGCUGCUGAAGUCUGUUGCUUUGCUCGGGGAACCUGCAAAAAGGAUGGCGCUGGCGGCGACUUUGUAAAGAGCGCGCUGGACUAAAAUCGAGCAAGCGAUCUGCCCCGGUUUGCAGAAGAGAGGAGCGCAAGAUUCGCACUCGUUCCGGAGAGAGGAGCCGGUUUCUGGUUCGCGUGAGAGUGGAUCAACGAGCCCUUUGCAAAAGAGCAGGGGCCUGAGGCUGCGGGGAUGGGGGACACGGCUCCCCCCCAAGCCCCGAGUCUCCUGGGAGGCGGCUCGGUGGCGGCGCCGCGGGUGCACAGCGCGAUCGUGGAGCGGCUGCGGGCGCGCAUCGCCAUCUGCCGCCAGCACCACCUGAGCUGCGAGGGGCGCUACGAGCGGGGCCGGGCGGAGAGCUCGAGCCGCGAGCGGGAGAGCACCUUGCAACUCCUCAACCUGGUGCAGCACGGCCAGGCGGCCAGGAAAGGAGGGAAGCACAGCAAGGCAGCAGCGGCCAAUGGUCACAGCGGAGGAGGCGGCGGCAGCAUCGCGGCUUCGGCUACUUCUGCGAACGCUGCAGCGCCCCCUCCGGCAGACUACUAUCGCCAGCAGCUGAUCAGCAACGGGACGACUGGUGGCAGGAGUGGGAUCAACGGAGAGCAGCCCGGAUCGGCCUCUGGAGGGGAGCAGAGGAACCCCGCGCUCAUUGCGCUCCAAGGUUCCUUGAAGAGAAAACUGGUGGUGAAUCUGUCGCCGGCCAUUAACAAGAGGUCCAAUGGCAUUGCCGACUGCACCUUCCUUGAUAUUAAGAGGAUCCGAGUGGGCGAUAAUAACCUUUCUGUGGGGCAAGGUGGGCACUGUGGCAACAAUUGCCCAAACCAGCCUGUGUUGGGAACCUUGACGGCUGAACAAGGCGCUCAGAGGAAAGUCAGCAGCCCAACCGGCAGCACCCACUCCAACGCAAACGGAAUGUUCAACAUGACUCUAAAGGAGGUCAAGAAAGAGCCCGGUGAAACCAGCUCUUGCAGUAAGCACCUGGAUGGGCAGGGCUCCCAGGGCAAUCCUUUCCCCAUGCAAUACGGAGAAGACGCAGGGGAACAGUUGAUGGACCCGGAACUUCAGGAGCUGUUCAAUGAGCUGACAAAUAUUUCGGUGCCACCCAUGAGCGACCUUGAGCUGGAAAACAUGAUCAACGCCACCAUCAAUAAAGACGAGCCCUUUAGCAUCGACCUCGGGCAGCAGGUCCAGAGAGCGCCCUCAGCCAGGUCCUCCUCCUUGCAGAUGGACAAGAUGGUGAUCAAGCAAGAGUACUCGCCAGGUCUGAACCAAGCUUCCGUGGGGUCUCCCCAGAUGAGGCCUUCUUCCACGGGCCCAGCUUACACCAUGUCCGGAGCCGCUAUGUCCGCCUCAUCGCCGAUUCCUUCAGCACCUCAGACUCAGACUCCUCCAUCUCAAGGGUCUUCAGUUCCCAACCGGCCCUUGGCCAGCUGGCAGGAGGUCUCCCACGCCCAGCAGUUGAAGCAGAUCGCGGCCAACCGACAGCAACAUGCCCUUAUUCAGCAGUGCCAGCAAAGCCAGCCGCCAUCCCCCUGGCCCGCUUUGACAUCCGCCGAGCCUUCUCCCGGGUCCUUCGUCCAGGAGAAGAUCUCCAGCCCUCCUUUCCACCAGCAGCAGUUCAGCCCUCAAAGCUCCGGAAUGCCUGGGAAUGGGAACCAGCCGAAAGGGAUAAAUAACUACCUUUACCGGCCAAGCUCCAUGCCCCAGGGCAAUCCCAUGAACAUGAUGAUGCAGCGAAAGCCUCAGGACCUCAACAGGGGUUAUAUAAGCAGCGGCCAGAUGUCUCUGGAGGAGCCUCAGAACAACAUCAAGCCUUUGUUUCAUUUCAACUCGGAGCAAGCCAGCCAGCAGAUGCCUUCCGUUUUGGGUUCCCAAAACAAGCCUUCCAUUCUGCACUAUGCACAGCAGCAGCAGCAGCAGCCUAACUCUGCCGCGGUGCAACAACAGAACCAGCAGCAGCAGACACGGCCACCCCAGCCUCUGCAGAGGCCACCGAACAUACCCUUAGCUUUGCAGCAGAAGAUCCUGCUGCAGAAAAUGCUGCAAGGCCAGCCAGUUUCGGGGCUUCAGUAUCCUGUCCCGCCUCAGCACCAGCUGGAUCAACACUCCGUGCUGAGCCAAAGCGCAGGCCCCAAUCCAACGUCAAACGCUUGCACGAAUCCAAAUGCUGCGAGCGGCUACAUGAACUCACCUCAGCAAGCUCUGCUGAAUCAGCAGCUGAAGCAACAACUCCUUUUGCAGCACCAGCAGCAGCAACAAAAGAUACUAACUGAAGCAGAGAAAAUGACUCCGCAAGAUCAGCUGAACCGGCACUCGACGAGGCCCCCGCCAGAUUAUAAAGACCAAAGAAGGAACCCGGUCAACAUGCAGCAAACACAUCAGUAUUCAGGUGGAUCGCCAGCCGUGAGUGCCAGCUCCAACCUCUGCUUUUCCAACUCAAUUUCAACUCCCAGCCUAUCGCCGCAGGCGUCCGGUCUUUUGACCACCACUCACGGAGCCAGAAUGCCUUCCCUCCCGACGACACGCCACAUGGUCUGCUACGGGAACAUUCCUUGCAGCCAACCGAGCGCGUACAGCGUGGCUGCAUCGGGCGCGAGCCAAGUGUCGCAGCACAGGAACCCGAACCAAAUGAUCCCCAGCCAGCAAAGCAAUUCCACAGUAUCUCGGCAAGGGCCUCCGGGGCAAGGCAGUAAUAAUAGCCUGUCGGCGUAUGACGGCGGGCCCGGGAUCAGCUCUCAGCAAGGCAAACUCAGCUUGAACCAAGGGACUUCUUCUGCACCAAGGCCUCUGAACGUCAUGGUCAACUCCAAUUCAGCAGCUCAGACCUGGGCCUCACAAGAAACAGGAGCGAAGCAGCAGGAAACACGCAAGGCCGUGGGGUCCCCUUUCCCCGCGGGCAGCCCCUAUACAAACCAGCCGCUACAGUGCCCAUCUGCCCACCAGCAGUUUCCCCAGCGCGCCAUGGGCCCUGCUCCUAACCAGCUGGCCUCCCCCCAGAUGAGAACACCAACGGGCCAAAUGAACCAAACUCUAAAUGGGCAAGCGGCUGGGGCGCCAAAAUCCCUGGGGGCAAGGCCUGGCCAGGCACGGGCUCAGACAGUGCCACACUUAAAUGCACCGGGGGUGAGCAUGGCAGCCCCGAACUCCUUGCUGUCAAACCAUUUCCCUUCUAGUAGUAGCCAGGCUUCUGCCAGGGCCUACCAGGGAACCGACCACACCAGCGACCUGGCAUUUGACUUUCUGAACCAGCAAGGCGACAGCAUCGGGCCGGCCCUCAACAGCGACCCGGACUUCAUCGAUUCUUUGUUAAAAACAGAGCCGGGUAACGACGACUGGAUGAAGGACAUCAACCUUGAUGAAAUCCUAGGUGGCCACUCCUGAGGCCGAGCAGCAGGCGGUUGCAAACUCACAGAGCAGGUGGUGGCGGCGGUGGUGUUUGUUUUUUUAAGGCCCGAAAGCCAGGAUUGCACUCCACAAAGUUUUUCAGAGGGAACGUGUCUUUGGAGUGUUUUCAAGAAAACCAAACUUUGCUCUCCCGAUGGUUGAAGGGGUUCCUCGUGGUCCGCAAUGAGGAGCAAAAUCAAAAAGGUGUCUCCACCCGUUCAAAAUGUGUAGGCCAAUCUUCGUACCUAGAAAGCUAAGCAAGAGCACAGGAGGAGACGUCGGUUGCUUGUCCUACUCUUGUGUAGGCUACAGCUUGUGUAGGUGUUCGCUUGGGCAUGCAGACACGCAACCACAAAUCUUGAACAGAGAAGAAAAGGUAUACCCCCAGAUAACGUCCAGCCUGAGACUGUUGAGUUAAUUUAUCAGGAGCAGCUGUGAGGAAUCGGGAAAGUGCAUUGAUCGAGUGCAUACUUUUUAUAGAGAGGGUCACAACUUUUAUUCCUGCCACAGGUAAGGUCAGAAUGACCUACCUGAAACCCUGGAAGACCACAGAUUGCCUGUGUAGACAAAGGCAAUACCUUGGUUUUCAAACAGUUUAGUUCCCAAAUGUUUUGGCUCCCGUGCGUCGCAAACCCGGAAGUGACUGUUCCGGUUUGCGAACUAUUUUUGGAAGCUUACCGCAGCCAAUCAGAAGCCGCAAUUUGGUUUCCAAACGUUUUGGAAGUCGAACGGACUUCCAGAACGGAUUCCACAUUAACAGUCAUGGCUUCCUUCACUGCCCCAAGGAAUCCUGGGAGGUAUAAUUUGUUAAGGAUUCUGGGAGAUUCGCCAUGGCAAAACUUACCAGAAGAAUUAAGAAAUCAAGAUAACAUUUUUAUAUAUACAUUAAAGAAUGGAAAAGGUUUAUUGACUAUUUACAGAUAAAUUGUAAACAGAUAAGAACAUUGGCAGGAUUGUUUUAAUAACCUGCAGCGUCAUAAGAGUGUAUAUUUAAAGAAGAUGAAUAAAUGAGCAAAUUAAGUUAAUUGAGAUAUGCAAAAGAUAUUAAAAAUAAAUUUAAGGAACCGCAGAAAGAGAAGGAAGUCAAGCUAUGAAAUGUCAGAAUGAUUGUAAAAUUAGUGAAAUGUAUAAACUUGAAAAGUAUAAAGUUUUUUUUAAAAAGGGAGGGGUUCUGGGAAAUGUUAGGAAACACACACACACACACACACACACACACACACACACACCUGAGCUGGAGUUGUCCAGUUGGUUUAACAACCAACUCUUCUUCCCUGGGAACUCUGGAAAUUGCAGUUCUUUA